AUGGAAAAUUUUGAAUCCAUUAUUCUUCGUUGGAUGUGUUUAUUUGAUGAAUUUAAAAACAUCGAAUGUUCAAAUACAAAACAUCUUAUAUCAAGUACAUCGUUUAAACAAUUUGCUGAUGAUGUAUUUUGUUUGAAAUGUUCUUCAGCUUUGAGCACAGACGAUACAAAAGUUUACAACACUAUAAAAGUGAACUAUUGUGAGUUUGAAGUUCUAAAGUAUGAAGACUUAUAUAAUGAAGACAAUGCAAUUUAUGUAUGUGUUAUUGUUUUGCUACAUGCACUAUUAAAAUGUACUAAUGACAAAUUCAGAAAUCAGUUAAUUUAUAGAAUGAAUAAUGAAGAGCAAGUGUUACUAGCAAAUUUCUUAGAAGCUACACAAUCAUUAUUAUUCACCAAACAAAAUAUUUCUGAAGCUUUACUGUUGAUAAGUGAUUCUAAGCAUACUUGUAUUAAUGUUUCAGAAAUAUGUUCAAAUAACGACACACCAAUCAAGUCAAAAUCAAUGCGCCGAAGCUAUUUACAAGAAUUUUGUCAGUCACCAAAAUCUCAAUCCUUAAUAAAAGAAAAACUUAUUAUCAAACUUACUGAAGACUAUAAAAAUGAAUGUGAAGAAAACUACAAGUUGGCUGAAAAUGUUAAAUACUUCAAAGAUCUAAAUACAAAACUAAGUAAUAAAUUAGAAGACAAAGAUAAAAUAUUACAAAUAUUGAAAGAUGAAAUCAAAGAAUAUUCCAAACCAAACCAGUCUCCCGAAUGUUUAAAAGUAGACAGUGAUUUAACUAUAAAAAAAUUAAACAGAGACAAAAUAGAUUUGGAAAUGAAUUGCAAUGAAUUAAAGCAACAAGUAACAGAACUUGAUAAAAAACAUAAGGACCUUAAUGGAAAAUUUGAAAAGAAAACUUUAGAUUAUAAUAAUCUUAUUUUAAUGUUUGACAAUAUUGAAAACGAAAAUAUGAUGUUAAAAUCAAACUUAAAAUUAUUUGAAGAAACCAUACAAAAGAAAGACAUUGAAAUAAUUUCGUUAAAAGAUGAACUAUGUAAUAAAUCAAUUACAAAUAAUCCAACAAAUAUAAGCGGCCAAGAGACCAAUGCUAUGUCUUCAAAUACAUUAUUUAAUGAAUUAAGUUGUUUAAAAUUAGAAGAAAUAACACAUGAUAAAGAAAAGUACAGACAUAAGUACAAAUCAAUGAAAAAAGACUUAUCAAAUACUAAAAUUCAUGUUAAAGAAUUGAAUGAGAAAAUAAUUAUAUUGGAAAAAAAGUUGGAUGAUUAUGAAACUCAUAAGGAUGAACUGAUAGACAGAUUCUCAAACAAAAUAAAAGAACUUCAAGAAUAUCAAAAGAAAAAUAAUAAUUUAGAAACAAAAAUUAAGCACUUUAAAGAUACUAUCAAAGACAAUGAAAAUCAUAUUCAAUCCCUGUGCUCUAAAUUAAAUAAAAGAGAAAAGCAAAUAGAACUAUUGUCUGUUGAAAUAGAUUCUGUGAAAAAAUCAAAAACCAUGAUUGAACUAAUUUUAAGCAAAACUAAUACAGAAAUUGAAGCAAUACAUGAAGAACACGAUGAAAAAGUAAAAAAAUUACAAUCAAUAAUUGAUGAAUAUAAAAAUUCAGAAAAACUAUCUCAUCAAAACAUUGUAGAUUUAGAAAAUAAUAUGAAAAAUGUUCAAGAUAAUUUAGCAAACAAAGAACACAUUAUAAUUUUUUAUGAAGAAAAAUGGCUGAAAAUUACCAAAUUGUUGGAACUCAAGAAGAACAAUUGA